AGUCUUCUAAUUUCCAUAUAUUUAUAUAUUAUAUUUCUUAGGCAAGCUGCUCCUUGAACUUAACUUAUCUAAUAUAGGUUUCUCAAAGUGUUUGUAUAGUCAAUGUUAAAUCUGGUUUCCAUGUUAUGUUCUCUUACUUCAACUAGAAGUUCAAUUGAAAAGUUCUAUAUAGUCUUCUAAUUUCCAUUUAUAUGCCAUAUUUCCGCUCCAAGUUUGUGUCAAGAAAUCAAAAUGUUUGUGAAUGCACCUGCACCUAGAGUUUACUGUACCAACUCGUGUGUCUGUCCGUUUCCAUGUGCCUUCUGUUCCACAAUUGUCCGUCGACAAGCAUCUCAUGCAUGUUUCGAGCCCUCGUCGCAGAUCUUCACCGCCAGCAUCAUAAUCUUGAUUGAGGGCGUGGCGGAUCACAGCUACAGCAGCCAGGCGAUGCUGGUCUGUGGAACGCUGACCGGCUAUCUGAUCAUCUGCAGUGUCCUGAUCAUAGGGCAUCUGGUGGGCGCCAAACUGGACAAGCGCAUCGAUAUACUCUUCACGGUCGCCGGCUGUGUGCUCUUCGUCUCGACCGGCGCCAUCAUACUCGAUCGCUGGAUGAACUGCUACGAGAUUGCCAGCGAAAAGAACACCAUCUUGGCCUCGGGCGUAUUGGCCUUUGCCACAGCCGCCAUUUUUAUCGCUGACACAUUUGUCAUAUUUCAUGCCCAAUAAAACUUGCAGAAGCCAAACCAAUUUCAACGUGCUUAUGUACUUUUCUAGCGCACUUUGGGAUGAAUCACAUAGGUCACAUUUAUAAGAAAUAAUAGAGGCCAGUAUUAGUCAUGAAAGCCAGCUGCAUAUUUUGCUAAACUAUAUAAGCUAACAUCUUUCAAGUUGAUAUUUCAAAAUAUAUAUAUGUCUAUAUUUUUGCUGAUAACCGCUUUUUAAACCG